AUGUCGUCGUACAAGGACACGGAGGACUAUAUAUGGUACCUAAAUGGUGCCGGCGGAACCAGGAAGCGCCACCUUGGUAUGCCGCCCUUUGAGCGAAAUGAGGAUGGCGAAAUCGAGCUCGCCCCAGGCGAGGUUUACUGUCGCUUUAGCAACGAGGAUGGCGACCUCUGUUACAAGACGGACGCGUUCUCGAGCGAGUCGAACCUAAAGACCUACAUCAAGAAGCAUAAGAUUAAUGGCAACCCGGCCCGUAUUAAGGGUAAGCGGCAGGGUGCCAAUAAUAUCGACGAUAUGAACGUGGCGUGUAAGUUUUACGCCAAAUUGCGCGAGAUUGUUGAGAAGGGUGAUGAGGAGGAGUCUGCCGAGCCGAUGCCGACUCCCUCUAAGCGCCCUGCCCCUGCCGAGGCUGCCCCCCGCCAGGACCGUCGACCUUCCCUGCCCCUUUAA